AUGCGGCGCGGACACUAUGGUAUUGAUCCAAGAAAAUAUGGUGUCGUACCACAAGCCGGUAAUUCCUCUUCACGUUUGGCAAGCACAAAUCCAAGAAAAUACAAUCCAUAUGCUUUAAAUAUAAUUCCUGUUGUUAAAGGUCAACCAAAACAAGCUGGCACAACAUCAUCGCUACAAACACAUAAAACAGAAAUUAAAACAUCGCCUGGAAAAACAAUGGAUAAGCUUUUUGAAUUUUCUCAAAAAUAUUCAUUGGCCGGAUCAAUUGAGUUAGCUUUAGCGAACUAUAUCCCAUGCCAACACGUUUUUGCAUGGUUUGACAGAGAAAAAUCACAGCGUUUAUACUCUCCAACUUUAACAAAAAGUACAAAUUAUCAGAAUUCCGUUUUAAGCUUUUGCUACAAAACAAAAGAAAUUAUUGCUUGUCCUAAUCCAGCAAUUCACGAUUUUUACGAUCCUAUGAUUGAUGAAUCUAAUUGUUCGUUAUUAUAUCUUCCUUUAACCGAUCGUCGUAACAAAGUUCUCGUAAUUGUUCAAAUUACACGCAGAGCAGAUUCUCCGAUGUUCUCAUCUGAAGAAAUCGAGCAUUUGAUGAAAUUUGCAGCGAAAUUCCGGACUUAUUCAACUUUAUUGUUCCAACCGGAAGUUGAUCCAUUAUUCCCAAUCUCUCUUACUCAAAUCAAGAAAGGUUCGAAUCCAUUUACAGUUGUUGUUGACAAAUUAAGACAUUUCUUUGUUUGUCAGAAAGUAGACAUCUACGCGUACACAGCAGCCGAUCAGAGCUACUCAGUAUACAAUCGCGAGAAGCAGGAAUUCGAAAAAUUGCAAGGAACAGCUGGUAUCGCAACAAUUGCUUUAAAGAACCAGAUUCAGUUAAACUUAGAAAGGAUUCUUUCUGCAGAAGGCUACGAUGAGCACAUCGAUGGUAACAAGGAUGUUCCAAUUUUAGUUCAACCGAUUAUUGCUGAUGAUUGCAUUUACGCCAUUGUUCUUCGUGCACCAGAGAAGGGCGCUUUCAAUACAUCAGAUAGCGCCAAACUCAAUGGCUUUUCUUCAAUCAUUGGCCGCGCAUUUACUUCCGAUGGAGAUCCGGCCGAAGCCGGAGAUUUACUUGCCGAGCGUCUUCGAGCUCUUCUUGAAGUCGCCGAAGCCCUAUCAGGAGUUCUCGAUAUUGAUACCCUUGUUCCGAUGAUUAUGACGAGAGCUUGCCAACUCCUUCAUACAGAGCGUUGUUCUCUCUUCCUUGUUGAUAAUGAGAAGAAAGAGCUCAUCACUAGAUUCCAAGGAGGCCUCAACAAGUCAAUCAGAAUUCCUAUGUCCAGAGGUAUCGUUGGUUACACAGUAACUACCGGCAAUAUCGUCAAUAUUCCUGAUGCUUAUGCCGAUCCACGUUUCGAUCAGUCCGUAGAUAAGAAGACAGGAUAUCAUACUCGAAAUCUUGUGACUGUUCCCAUUUUUAACAACAGGAAUGACAUUGUUGGUGUCACAGAAAUGAUCAACAAGAUCGAUGGCGACUGUUUCGAUGAUGAAGACCUUAAAAUGGUUGUUGCAUUCAACGUUUUCUGUGGUAUUUCACUGGAUAACGCCAGAUUGUACCAGGCAUCAUUAGAUCUCACGAGACAACUUCGUUCUUUCGUUGAUUUGUCCGCAUCUUUGAACAAGACAAAGUCAAUUAACGAAGUUAUCAACGAAAUUCUUUCCCAAGCCAAAGUUGUUGUUCACGCUGCCAGAGCAACCAUUUUCUUAUCAGAACAAGAUGGUUCAUUAACACCUUUCGAGUCAAUUGGCGAUCCUAUUAAUCACGGAACGUUAUUUGCUUCUCAAAUGAAGCAAUAUAUGAAAACAACGAUUUUCAAUGAGACAGAAGUCCAAGAAAUCGUUGCCUGCGAACAAUCCAAUGAUCCCUUGGCCGCUACAACAUCACAGAAAGGCGGAACAUCUCUUAAAAUGUCAAAGAGAUCGAGUAGUUCCAGCAGCAGAGUUUCUGUUUUAUUCGAUGGAAAUUCAAGUUCAUCGAUGACAAGUACAAACUCUGUUUCUUCUGCGAUGAAAAAUGGAGAAUCUAUUGUUAUUUUCUCAUUAUUAACUACGAGUGGAAAGUUCAUUGGCGUCAUGGAGAUCUCCAGUAAUUCAAAGAUCCUCAUGGAAGAUGCAAAACUCAUUGAUUGUUUCGCAGUUUUCGCAGCAAUUUCUCUCGAAAGAUCUGAAUUAAGAGAAAUUGCAACUUUGGGAACAAUCGAAAAAGGCAUCAAAGAUUGGAUCAAACCAGAAGAAAGAGCUGAUUACAAUGUACCUGAGAAGCUUAAGAUGGACGAGAAGGUCUUCAUCUGUAGAGAGUUUGAUGCACAAGCUUACGACAAUAACCCAAUUGGUUGGUUCCAAGUUGUUUUCGGAAUAUUUAAUCAUUUCGAUUUAUUGAGAGAAUUUGACAUUUCCAAUGAAAAAUUCUUCAGAUUUUUGUCGGCAAUUUCUGCUACAUACAAGAAAGUUCCUUACCACAACUGGCGCCAUGCAGUAGAUGUUACACAAUAUGUAACAUUCGAAUUAGAAACAUCAGGAAUUGUCUCAAAACUGACAAAAUUUGACAUUUUUGCACUUUUAGUUGCUGCAAUUUGUCAUGAUGCAAAUCACGAUGGUUUCACAAAUGUUUAUAAUGUUAAAGCAGAGACGCCAUUAGGUAUUUUGUUUAAGAACCAAUCAGUCAUGGAAACACAUCAUUGCGCCAUGGCAAUUUCAGUUAUUUCCAAAGAAGAAACGAAUAUUUUUGCAAAAUUAAAUGCAGAACAAUACAAGAAGAUUUGGACGACAAUCAUCAAUUUGAUUCUCGCUACAGAUAUGGCGAAGCAUUUCACAUUCCUUAAAGAAAUAAAUGGUAUCAUGGAUGAAGGAAAACUAAGUAUUGAUAACCCUGAUGACGUUUCUUAUUAUUUGGAAUUGAUUUUGAAAUGCGCUGAUAUUUCUAAUGUAUCAAGACCAUUCGAACUCGCUGAUAAAUGGUGCGAUGUUCUUUGCGAAGAGUUCUUUAGACAAGGUGACUUGGAAAUGGCUCAAGGAAUGCAAUAUACAUCAGAUCUUAAUGAUAGAAGUCAUUUGAACAAACCAAAGUCUCAAAUUGGCUUUUACACCUUCGUUUGCUUGCCUUUGUUUGAAGCAGCUGCUAGAGCUAUGCCUCCUCUUCAAUGUAACGUUGAUCAGAUUAGAAGUAACUUGGAAGUUUGGAAGGAAAGAACUGCUGCUCAAGAAAAACAACAAACUCCAGCAUAA